GUUUGUAAAUUUUAAUUUUUUAUAAUUUUUAAAUAUGGAUAUCUGUAAGUUUUUUCGUCAACAACAAAAAGAAAAAGAUAUAGAUGUUGCUCUUGCUAGUAAAAAUCAGCCAUCAGUUGAGUUGGUUUUCGUUGUAUCCUCAGAUGACGAAGAAAGACCAGACAUACCAUUACCACUCCAUGGGAAAACCAAUGAUGAGUUAGCUACAAAAUCAUCUGGAAAAUCAUCAAAUGAUGAAACACCACACCGUUCUCAAAAAGAUGUUUCACUUUACUUAAAUUUUCAUUUUAAAAAUGAUAAUGAAAAAUUGUUAGCUGUUGAAAAUAUUUGGAUACCUGACAAAUGUUAUAAAUUUCCAUUGCCCUUGGGCAAAAGAAAUUUAACCUUUCAAGCAUCCUGGCUUAACAAAUAUAAGUGGCUUGCUUACUCAGCCGAUGAAAAGGGCGCAUUUUGUAAAGUUUGCGUCAUAUUUUCCCCAAGAUAUGCUGGAAAUGGGUUACAAAAACUCAAAACAUUGGUAAGUCAAGUGUACACAAGAUGGAAAGAUGCGCUCGAAAAUUUUAAUUAUCAUCAAAAAAAUAAAUAUCAUCUUAAUUCCUGUGAGAUAAUGGAUUCUUUAAAAGAAAUCUCAAUGAAUCAAAAGAUAUCAAUAUCCAAUGUAUUGAAUAAAAAAAAUUUUGAUAUUGUUACAAAAUCGAUCAAGAAUAAUUAUAAUUAUUGA